GUGGUGACACCGUACAAGGACCAGAUUGCCGAGCUCAGGCGAAAGUUCGAACCACUCACUAAGGGUCGUCCAGAGGCUCGCGUCACUCCCGUGGAGUUCGCAACGGUGGACGGGGUGCAGGGGAGGGAGUUUGAUGUUGUCAUAUUCUCCUGUGCUGCAGCGCAUUCUCGGCGGAUGAUUGGCUUCCUAUCCGAUCGGAGGAGGCUGAACGUCGCCCUGACUAGGCCGAAACGUGCUCUCUUUGUUCUCGGAAACGCGGCUACUCUUCGUCGCGCCGAUGAGAUCUGGUCUCUGUUC